AUGGAUCUAUCAUUGGUUGAGGUGUGCUUCUCCUCCUACUCGUUUUCAUUGUUUCCAUGCGGAGAUAGAAGGUGCAGGAUGGUCGAGGAACGCUUCUAGUUGGAUGAUCAUUAUGCUGCUUCCUCCUCUGGGUCCUUUUUUCUCUUCUCCUUUCCUUAAUUUUUUACUGCGGAUGCGUGGCUGUUAAAUGCUGGACAUUUUGGUGGCUGUAACCAGGGUUUCUCAAAGUCGCUGGCAAUGACCGUGCUCUCCGAGAUCGGAGACAAAACAUUCUUCGCUGCCGCUGUGAGUCUUAUUGCAUGUUGUAUUGGUGAAUAAUGGGACCAAUUUUCUUCUUCUACUGUAUUUCAUUGCAUAUUUCGUACCUUUCUCCAUUCACGUAAACAGCAGCGGGUCCAGACGUUAUGGCUGAGUCUUCUGUCAUGCAGUUAUCUAUCCUUUAAUCUGUGACCUGAAUUCACUGUAUUUUUUAUCACAAUCUUUCAAGAACGCGCUACUUAAGGUUAGACCUGCAAAAAAAUGGACUAGUAUAUUAUAUCGUAACAAUAAUGUGUUAGGAUCACCUAUUAUAGGUGGGUUGGGUUUGUCGUCACACAAAUCAUACGAUCAUUUCUUUUUCCUCUUUAUUGAAUGACGAUCACGUAUCCUUUCUUACUACCUUGUUGAGGAUCUUUCCUUUUUUCAGGAGAAGUAUGAAGGUUGGUCCCCUAACUGGAUGCAUGAAAUUUCCACAGCUAAAGUUAUUCUUUACAAGAUGUCAAAUUGUCUUCCUGGACUUGAUGGAUACCCCUACGCCUAAUCUUGUCAUAAACAUACUAUACAGGGUCGAUUCCAAGCGUGCAUACAGUCAUAAAAAAUGUCAAAUUCUUGGAUCCUUCAUUGGAUCUCACUAGACACAGAUUGGUGGUAUAAGGCUUCAUUAUGGUAAUAUAUGCGGGCGAAAUUUGAGAAUGGAAAUACAAUUUUCCAUCUUAUGCUUCAUAUGUUCAAUCUCCGAUUCUGUCAGCAUUGUUGGUGUUGCCGAUGCACUUAGGCUCUAGUGUGAAUGUCUCAAGGGCGAAAAUGGAAUGGCCAAAUAAUAUUAAUUUGAUCAAUGCAUCAGGGAAGGGAGUGGAGAUGAUCUAGGGCUCUUGGAUAACAAGUUUCAGGUAGGGCUCUUGGAUAACAGGCUUUAGGUGGUGUAUAUGAAUUUAUCAAAGAAGCAAAGAGCAUCAAUCCCCUAUAGACUAAUGAAACUAAAUCCUUCCAUUCGUUGAAAAGAUUCGUUUCUAGCUGAUAGCAGAGGGUAAAGGUCGUGCUUAUGCAAACUUUGAGGUCUGUGGCCAGAUGAAACUAAUUGGUGCUCUUCAUGGCAUUUUCUUGAAAACUAAUUUUUCAUUAAGUAUCCAUCUGUUUGAAUAAUUGGAAGUUUACUAUCAACUUGGCAAUGCGCUAUUUGACAUUGAGGUUUCACUUCUUUUAAGAUCUUGGCAAUGCGCUAUCCGAGGAGGCUUGUUUUGUCAGGCUGUUUGUCAGCAUUGAUUGUGAGUUUUCCAUUGAUGUUUAUCUGCUUGUGUUUCCUUUAAUUAUUAUCCAUUUAGUUUUCUUAUGCAUCUUGUUGUUUCUGAUGAAUGUAGGUGAUGACAGCUCUUUCUGUUUUCUUUGGCUGGGCUGCACCAAAUCUGGUAAGCUGGUCACUUGGAAAAUUAGAAGUUGCCUGGGAAACGUUAACUCGUUUUGGAUCAGCUUAUGAGUAGUACAAUACUUUUUUAUUACUUCUCGUCAGUUUCAUAUGACACGUGUUAAUUUUAAUGUCUGUGUGGGUUCCUUGCAGCUGUAGGUACUUGAUCAUACUCAGUUGAUUUUGUUUAGUGCACAAAAAAUUCCAGUUCCUUACCACUUUUUAAUGUUUGGGUUCUGGAUAGGAUCUUUUAUAUUUUUAAUGAGGAACUUGUACUCACCUAGCCAUUUUCCGUUCUUCUUCAUGCUUGUCUUCCAUUGGAAUUAAAGAGCCUGGUUAAAGACUGGAGAGUAAGGUUACUUUCUGUCCCUGACCAAUCAAAAACAUUACUAUUUGUUUAGUCAACUAUAAAAAAAUUGGCAGUGAUUUGGAAACAAUAUUCCAAAACUUCACUGGUUAUUUAUACAAAUCACUAGUAGGAAAUCGACUUGGAAUAUUUGAUGGCAAUAUAUAGAUAACUUUGCAUCCUAAAGCUCAUUGAUAUCGCAAUAAAGCAAAUCUUUCAGAACAUCAUUACUUACAAUUAUGUGAUAUUGUGCAUGUACAAUAAUGUGCAUUCAUUUCUGAGAAUGCAUCGCCAAGAUGAAACUUUGUUGCUGGUUAAAAUACAGCAAGGAGACGUGAGAAGUCAAUAUAGACAAGGAAACUAAGCAUUGACCACAGUUAAACGUAUUGCUUGAGAAAUCAAGAAAUAUUUCUAACCGUAAUAUUUUUUUCUUAAUUUUUUAUUCUUGAACGAGAGAGAGACAUUAUCUACAAAUUUAUGGAGUAUUAUUAGCUACUAUACUUCAAGAAGAUUUCAAAUAUUCAACAUUGGAUUGCGUCAUGAAAUUAUUGGCUUCUCCUGUCUUUAUAUCACUUAUACUAUAAAAGCAAUGUAGUUCAAUGUUGAAAAAACUACUGUGUUUUCUUUAGUCUGGACUUUUGUAGUGUAUUACCAUUAUCAACUAGUAGUUUUAUGACGUUGUGUUCAUCGACCUUUCAUUUCCUUGAUAUAUCUAAAAUUGGAGGGGAAAAAAAACUUACUGAAUGCUGUGAGAGCUAACUGUUGACGAAUUUUAGAGAAAAUUAAAUUAAGGGAUCCUCUUGAUUAGGUCUUAUUUGUAUGAUGUAAGGUUUUAACUUCCUUUCAAGCACAGAAAUGUACAUACAAGUUUGAAUGAUUGUCGAAUGGCAUUCACCAUGUACGUAUAUUAUACAGCAAAUGUGAUUGAUAUCUGCUGAUCUUUGUGGACCCAUCAAUUAAUGCAGAUUUCUCGCAAAUGGACACAUAGCAUUACAACGUUGUUAUUCUUUGGGUUUGGAAUUUGGUCUCUUUGGGAGGGCUUUACCGAACAAGGGUAUGUCAACUUAUUUGAUCUCUAUUGUUUCCUUGACUCUUACUUUUAAUACGAAAACAGUUUGAUUUGUUCUCUCUAUGGUUUUAGUGUAAUGGUUCCUUUUUUCUCAUGUUCUGAUUCGUAUGCUUAGGGAAGCAGAAGAGUUGUCUGAGGUUGAAGCUAAGCUGGUGAGUGUACCUCUUUUCUUGUUUACUAUGUAUUAUUCUUCAGUCAUUAAUGUCUAGCUCUUCUUUAAUUAGGAUGCUGACUGGAAGGCUAACAGUGUCGGAGCAAAGGCAGGAUCUAAGGUCAACUUAGGAUUAAAUUUUCCCGAAAAACUAUACAUGAUUUUAUGAAUUCUUUCCAGUUUUAGCGAUUCAUUUUGCUUUCCUUUUACGCUGGCAUUAUUACUUUUCAUCACACUUCUUUUGCUUGCUCUUUCAUCCCAUUAUGUUAGGGGAAACAGUCUUUAUUUGGGAUGAUAUUCAUUUAUUAUUUCAAUUAUAAUUCAAAAUUCUUCAAAUGAACUUCCAUCUUCUGCAUCAGUCUUGGACAGGCUCUAAUUAAUCACCUUUUAAUAUGAUCUGAAUUCCACUAAAAUGUAUGCCAUGUUAAUAUGCUUUACCCUGAAUUUUAUUAAAUUCAUGUUUACCUUGAUAUCUUCCCAAGAUAUCCAUAUACCAAUCAUCCCAGUUUUCCUGUGGUUGGUAACAGAUGUGCAGAAUAUAUUCGAAAGUAAACAUUGAGUGAUUUUCAGUUGAUUAGGUCAAACAUAUUCAUCUUAUAAAAGCAUUAUUCAUAGUGGGUUUUAUUAAAUAUAUGUUAUGUUUAUUGGAAAGUGAAGCUUUUAUCAUGCUUUCCAUUAAUCUCUUUCUUCAGAAGCAGUACUUUGCUCAAGUAAAUGAACGAUCUGUAUUAAAUAAAAACCUACCCUUUAUCAUUUUCAAUAGGACGAUGAUGAUCUGAAGAAGCAGCUGAGGCCAUUCCUCACGCAGUUCUUCUCCCCAAUCUUUCUGAAGGUGCUAAACCUGCCCACAGGCAGCCUGAACAACGUAUAAUUAGUUGCUUCAUUAUCCUCUAAUUUCGUGCGGAUCAUGCUUUUUUCAGGCCUUUUCAAUCACCUUCUUUGGUGAAUGGGGUGACAAGAGCCAGGUAAUCUGAUGAACCGAAUCGAAUCUUCCCAACUGUGAGGGUUUCAAUUCCAUUUUAUUUUUGUUCUUUAAUCAUUUCCAGAUAGCUACAAUCGGACUGGCUGCGGAUGAGAACCCACUGGGCGUCAUUCUUGGUGGGAUCAUGUAAGUUCAUGUCGCAUGUUCUCUCUCUAGACUGUGCACCACCCUGAAUGAAACCUGGCUUUGGGUUUUCUGAGCUUGGCCCUCCCAACCCAGUCUAGAGAAAGAAACAACGGCGCCCACCUAAGAGAUUUUCAUUGGUUAGAACAAGGAUGUGAUUCAGAAUCUUUCUAGGCCUGCAAAUCACACAAUUUCCUCUGCCCAUCAUAUAAUCAUGAAUUUCUCUCCUAUAUCUCUUUUUGUUUGAUUUUCUCUGUCUGGGCGCAGAGGCCAAGCACUAUGCACCACUGCAGCCGUGUUCGGAGGAAAGAGUCUGGCAUCCCAGAUAUCCGAGAGAGUGGUAAUGACGAAAACACCCUUUAAUUACACCCAAGUAGCACACUGGACUCCGUCAAAUGCCCUUCUUUUCUUGAUCCCUGAUGCUGCAGGUGGCGCUCUCCAGUGGGGUUCUCUUCAUCGUGUUCGGCAUCCAGUCCUUGUUGUCGGUGCCGCUGCCGGGAUCCUGA